CUCGGUCAAUUUGUUUAGCCUUUUAAUUUUGUUUGUGUUCUUCCAAGAAACGUCGUCGAAGUGUAGACCUGUAGUCCCUUGCCCCCGAUAAGUCACUUUGAGUCUCUACUACGACAGUCUUCCCCAAUGUUGAAUGAUUAUGAUGUUGCUAAAGAGAGGAUGACACACUUCGCCGCCUGGUUUGAGUCAAUGGCUCAACAGUCCCCUCAAAAUUUCACCCCACAACUAAUUGAGUUAUCACAAUGGCCAAAGAAGAAGGCCCGAUCAUAUGGUGGGUCGUAUGUUAACGGGUUCAAAUUCCAUACUAGAAAGUAUGGCAACGGUAAACGCUCAUCUAACUGGGGCGUUUGCGUGCUUGGAGAAACUUCAGGGGAUGGUCGUUAUGAUUUUUACGGAAUUAUUGAUGAUAUUAUUGAGGUUCGUUACAAACAAAAUGAGGUCACAAUAUUCAGAGGAACAUGGUUCGAUCCAACCAAUGGAGUACGCAUUGAUAAACAUUCAGGAGUAGUUGACGUUCGUCAUACAUUUCGAUUGCACCUAGAGGAUCCAUUUAUUCUUGCUAGUCAAGCACAACAGGUUUACUAUGUUAAUUAUCCAGCCGCGUCGUUAAGUGAUUGGCUUGCAGUAAUUAAAACAAAACCGAGACAUAUGAUCGAAGGAAACAGUGACACAUGUGACGAACCAGAGAACGUAAUUGAUCUCGAUGCCGAUCAAGAAGAUUUCGGUGUAGAAGAUGCACAUGUCUUUCAUGACCCCGGCCUAGAAGGUCGUGACCUUCUUCUAAACUCAUGGAUUGCUCCAGAAAUUGUUAUUGAUGGUGACGAGGAAGACUCAGAAGAUUCAGAAGAAGACAUUCCGAAUUAUAUAUAACCCUGUUUUAGUGGUUUUGAAUUUUUA